UUCAGCUAUUUUUUUGCUUCAUUUUGGGCAAAAGCGUAACUCUCAGGUGCGUGUGCUCUCCGCUGGCUCCUUAGAAGAAUCGGCACACGCUUUUUCAUUUCAAUCAAACCUCUACCCUCGAUUUCAAUCAAAUCAGAUCCCUUGAGAGAUGGCAGAUCGAUUGACACGUAUUGCUAUUGUGAGUUCAGACCGUUGCAAGCCAAAGAAAUGUCGCCAAGAGUGCAAGAAGAGUUGUCCUGUGGUCAAGACAGGGAAACUUUGUAUUGAGGUGACUGUUGGUUCCAAGCUUGCUUUUAUCUCAGAGGAGUUAUGCAUUGGUUGCGGUAUUUGUGUGAAGAAAUGCCCAUUUGAAGCCAUUCAGAUUAUCAAUCUUCCGAGAGACUUGGAGAAAGAUACUACCCAUCGUUAUGGGCCAAACACUUUUAAGUUGCACAGGCUCCCAGUUCCAAGGCCGGGGCAGGUGCUAGGGUUGGUUGGAACAAAUGGUAUUGGAAAAUCAACUGCUCUGAAAAUUUUGGCUGGAAAGCUCAAACCUAAUUUGGGCCGUUUCACUAGUCCUCCAGACUGGCAAGAAAUCUUGACUCACUUCCGUGGGUCAGAACUUCAGAACUACUUCACCCGUAUUCUUGAAGAUAAUCUAAAGGCCAUUAUAAAGCCUCAAUAUGUUGACCACAUCCCAAAAGCUGUUCGAGGCAAUGUUGGAGAGGUCCUUGACCAGAAGGAUGAGAGAGGUAAGAAGGCAGAGCUCUGUGCUGAUCUGGAGCUGAACCAGGUCAUUGACCGUGAUGUUGAGAAUUUAUCUGGUGGUGAGCUGCAGAGGUUUGCAAUCGCUGUUGUUGCCAUACAACAUGCAGAGAUUUACAUGUUUGAUGAACCAUCUAGUUACCUCGAUGUUAAGCAAAGACUCAAAGCUGCUCAAGUUGUUCGUUCUCUACUGAGGCCUAAUAGCUACGUCAUUGUUGUGGAGCAUGAUCUCAGUGUUCUUGAUUACUUGUCGGAUUUCAUUUGCUGCGGAUGGCUUUUCUUUUGUUCGAAGGUUGCUGAGACUCCACAAGAAAGUGCUGAAGAAAUUCAGUCGUACGCUAGGUACAAGUACCCCACAAUGACCAAAACUCAAGGAAACUUCAGGUUGAGAGUGUCAGAAGGUGAAUUCACCGACUCUCAGAUUAUUGUCAUGCUUGGGGAGAAUGGUACUGGGAAGACAACAUUUAUUCGUAUGCUGGCGGGUUUAUUGAAACCUGAUGAUACAGAGGGACCAGAAAGAGAGAUACCAGAAUUCAAUGUUUCGUACAAGCCACAAAAGAUCAGCCCAAAGUUUCAGAAUUCAGUUAGACACUUGCUACAUCAAAAGAUUCGAGAUUCUUACAUGCAUCCUCAAUUUGUGUCGGAUGUGAUGAAACCACUUCAGAUUGAGCAGUUGAUGGAUCAAGAAGUUGUCAAUCUCUCAGGAGGGGAGCUGCAAAGGGUUGCAUUAGCUCUGUGCCUUGGCAAGCCUGCGGAUAUAUACCUGAUUGAUGAGCCAAGUGCAUAUCUCGAUUCGGAGCAACGUAUCGUGGCUUCUAAAGUCAUUAAGCGCUUCAUUCUCCACGCAAAGAAAACUGCAUUUAUAGUCGAGCAUGACUUUAUAAUGGCGACCUAUUUGGCAGACCGAGUCAUUGUGUAUGAAGGACAACCAUCUAUUGAUUGUACUGCAAAUUGUCCUCAAUCACUUCUCAGUGGAAUGAAUCUCUUCCUAUCUCAUCUGAACAUCACAUUCAGACGAGAUCCCACCAAUUUCAGGCCAAGGAUCAACAAAUUAGAGUCGACCAAGGACAGGGAGCAAAAGAAUGCUGGCUCAUACUACUACUUGGAUGAUUAGGACAACUACCACGAGAAUAUAGGGCAUGAUCUGGAUAAACAUUGUGCACCAGAAUGGCUUUUGCUCAGAGGAAGUUGAUCUAUGAGCUCGGGAUAUUUUGUGCAGCCAUCUGUUUUCCGAGUGCACUAGCAGAUGUUUUUUUUCUGGUCAAGCUUAUGAUUGUUGUUUCAUCAGUUUUGCUUCCACGUUUUCCGACUACAGCUUUUAUUAAGUGAGCAAUAAAAGUUUCAGAAUCUUUUAACCUUGUUUUUGCUUUUGUAUUUCCUGAGUUGUAUGCUUUCAACAAUUACAGUGAUGUUAUUACUUGGAUUUUACAAGGAAUUUAUUGCCUAUUGUUAUGUUA